CUCUAUAAUUUUUAUUUUGCGCAGUUAAUUUCAUAUUUAUGUCUAUAAGUCUACAUCUAGUUUAUAAGUCUUUAACUUCGCCGUUUAUUGAUUACUAUAAAUAAAUUUUACCUCUUUGCCCUAUAGAUCAUUCCAAAUCCUUUCGAUAAUUUUGCCCUUAAUGAUUUUACGCUGUCUACUGUGAGGCGACAGUCCCGACACCUAAAGGCAAGGGGCUACGUUUCUCAAGAUGUUGAGGCUUCCAUUAAUAAAGGCAGCCGGUCUGUCAGGAUGCAGGCUUGGAAGCGCUGCACUCCACACCACAGCAGCUAAGCUCCAAGCCCCACCUGAACAGAUCGAGGUUUUCAUUGAUGACAUCCCUGUCCUCGUUGAUCCUGGAACUACAGUUCUUCAGGCUGCUGCUAAAGUUGGGGUUGAGAUUCCUCGGUUUUGUUACCAUGAGCGUCUUGCGGUAGCUGGAAAUUGUAGAAUGUGCUUGGUUGAAAUUGAGAAGCAAAUCAAGCCUGUAGCUGCUUGUGCAAUGCCAGUUAUGAAGGGCUGGCGAGUAAAAACUAACUCAGACUUGACACGUAAGGCUCGUGAAGGUGUUAUGGAAUUUCUAUUAGUGAAUCAUCCAUUGGAUUGCCCCAUUUGUGAUCAGGGUGGUGAAUGUGAUCUACAAGAUCAGAGUAUGGCGUUUGGUAACGACAGAAGUCGUUUUGUUGAUAUUAACUUCAGUGGAAAGAGGGCUGUUGAGGACAAAGACGUCGGCCCUUUGAUUAAGACAGUCAUGACCCGAUGCAUUCACUGUACUCGGUGCAUUCGUUUUGCUUCUGAAGUUGCUGGUGUUGAUGAUCUAGGAACUACCGGUCGUGGCUCUGAUAUGCAGGUUGGCACCUACGUCGAGAAAAUGUUCCUAUCUGAGCUGUCUGGAAAUAUUAUUGACUUAUGCCCUGUUGGAGCUUUGACCAGCAAGCCGUAUGCUUUUACGGCACGUCCUUGGGAAACUCGUCGCAUAGAUAGUAUUGAUGUCUUGGAUGCCGUAGGCUCCAACAUUGUUGUAUCAACGAGAAGUGGCGAAGUUCUCCGUGUUUUGCCGCGACUGAAUGAGGAAAUUAAUGAAGAGUGGAUAUCAGAUAAGUCUCGCUUUGCUUGUGAUGGUCUGAAGCGCCAGCGUCUCCUUACUCCUAUGUCAAAAAUAGAUGGCAAGUUACAGCCUAUCGAAUGGGAAGAUGCACUAAUUGCUGCAAGCAACGCUCUACAAAAAGCUAGUGGAGACAAGAUUGCUGGAAUAGCUGGAAAACUUGCCGAUGCUGAGGCUUUAAUUUCAUUGAAGGACUUGCUGAAUAAACUUGGCAGUGAGACCUUGGCAACAGAACAAACUUUUCCAAAAGACGGUGCAGGGAUCGAUCUUAGGAGUAGCUACUUGCUUAACAAUGGCAUUGCUGGUAUUGAGGAAGCUGAUGUUGUUGUACUGAUUGGUACAAAUCCGAGAUUCGAGGCACCAUUGGUGAACACCCGUCUUAGGAAAAGUUAUCUCCACCGUGAACAAACCAUAGCCCUGAUCGGACCACAGGUGGAUUUGACAUAUGAAUAUGAGCACCUUGGAGAUUCAGCAGAAGUCAUCUCACAGCUGAAAAGUGGCACACAUCCAUUUUGCGCAACCCUCAAAAACUCCAAGGCACCUCUUAUCAUCCUGGGAGCCGAGCAACUAGGUCGUAGCGAUGGUGGUAAGAUCCUGGCUGAAUCACAGGCAUUGGCUGCUGCCUUGGGGAAAACCGUUCAGGCCCCGGAAGAUUGGAAAGUGUUGAACGUACUUCACACGAACGCAUCGCAAGUUGCUGCCUUAGAUCUUGGCUAUGGAUCUAGUCUAGCAGAAGUAAAGGAUCAAAAGCCAGAGGUUCUUUUCCUAUUGGGAGCAGAUGAUUCUAAUCUGAAAAGAGAAGAUUUUCCAAAUACUGUAAUCAUUUAUCUUGGAAGUCACGGUGAUCAAGGAGCUAGUAUUGCAGAUAUUGUUUUGCCUGGAGCUGCUUACACAGAAAAGAAAGCCAGUUACGUGAACACAGAAGGACGAGCUCAAGAGACGUUAACCGCGGUAACCCCGCCAGGCAUGGCGCGUCCGGAUUGGAAGAUCAUCAGAGCGCUGUCAGAGUUUAUUGGAGCUCGACUCCCCUAUGAUGAUAUCUAUGCUGUUCGUAAUAGACUAGAGCAGGUAGCCCCACACCUGGUUAGGUACGGAGAUAUUGAACCUGCAAACUUCUUUGCACAGGCUCUAGAAUUGUCAAAGAAAUCUGGAAGUUUUACGUCAGAGCCACUUGAAGUCAAACAGAAAGUACUCGAUGAUUUUUUCAUGACGGAUGUAGUAUCACGGGCAUCACCAACGAUGGCUAAAUGUGUGCAAGCCGUUCUAAAACAACGUCAGGCGCAAUUAUAGAGUUGACUUCAUUUAUUUAUGUACAUAGUAUAGGAUUCUGUUAUAAUAAAAACACUUAAAUAGAAUUGUCUUAUUAUUAUUAGUAUAAACUGCAUCUGGGACUUAUAAGACCUAUGAAUGAAAAACGUAACACAAUUCAUUGUAACAGAAUUCUACACCAGUCAUCCUACUAGCGGCGAUAAUUUUAUCAUAGGUCAAUAAAUUAUUACUCUUUACAAUGUUACAAUUCAAUACAACCCUGUAUCGUUGACUCAUUGACAGUCAACGCUUAAAUACAUCCAGGAUUUAUUUUUUCGCUCGAACUUGUACUAUUUCAGUUACACCGAGGUGAGACUAAGAUCUUGGAACAUAAAGCUUGUACUGAAUAAUUGUGAAGUAUUGUUGUAAAGCUCGAGGUUAAUUAAAUUUAAUAAACAACAUGAA